AUGCAGAGGUCGGCGCAUAGGCUGUUCUUGGCCGUUGGUAAAAAAAUGUGGAAAUCUUCAAGAAACACAAUAUUUCAUCAUCCUCGGCAUUUUGCAGUGGCAUGUAGCAACAUUCACACAACUUCUACUCAAUCCUCUGAAGAUGCUGGCUCGACUUCGACCAAAUUCUCUAACCCGUAUGACGUCAAAGAAAUCAUUGACCAUUACCCCAAGCACCGUCCCACGUACGCUGACGAUACCUACGUGAAGAUUAGGGAGUUUUGUGAAGAGAACAACGCUCAGUUUGAUCUGGCGCUGGACAUGGCGUGUGGUUCCGGUCAAGCAACAGUUCCCCUGGCGGGAAUUUACAAACAGGUGGUCGGAGUCGAUGGGAGCGCUCUCCAUGUGGAAAAAGCCCCACGUGAUCUGAACAACAUCACGUAUCACGUGGCAGACUGCAACUUACCGCUCAAUUUCAUCCAAUCAGGGACAGUUGACCUCAUUACUGUGGCAUCUGCUAUACAGUGGCUGCACACGGACAAGUACCUACGUCACAUUUCUGCCGUCUUAUGA